UCAACAAACACUACUCUGUGGUUUGUUGACGAAAGAUUCAAGCGAAAGACCAUUGCGCCCACGCAAGAACAAGUAACCAGGGAGCACAGACGCCGCGUCUUUCACGGCAGCGACCGCCAGUACGUGGAGGUCAUGGGCAACAGCUUUCCGCUAGAUCACGACCAGUGGGAGCUGCUCCCUCAGAAGAUGCUCCCCAUGACGGAUCCCCCCAUAAGCGAUCCCUUUGGGCCUGGCGGUUACCUGUGGACAUGGAAAGAAGACCUCCUAGAUCCUAAUGGGGAUGGGCUACACUGGAGCGGCGAGUGGUUUAUUCAUACACUCCAACACUAUAUCAUCCAAGCCAGGGUCAAAGCU